AUGUUUUCAUCGAAGCAACGAUUCCGACUAACUGAUCCUGCGGCAGUUGCAGACCGCGCCAAAUCCCGCGGCUGGAAGGCUGACGAACAUCUUGAGAACGAUAAGCAGAGGGACUUGAACAAAUAUGAUGACAAAGUUAAGGAGAAGCAAGAUCAGGUGCUUCACAAAUACGCCAUUUGGCACUGGGACAGGUCCGGACGCAAUGUCGACUUCGAACCGUACAAAGACGUACUGCUUCGCGAAGGGGUACCCAUACCUCCUAUUCAGGAGCUUAAGGAUUUCUGGAGAUUUUAUAAAGAUCAGUCGGUCGGAAGACUUCGUGAACGUCCCACUGCGCCAACGCUCAAAGCAAGAGCAAAAGAGUUCAAGGGCGGCUAUAUGCGUAUGACUGGAAAUCUCCUUAACGACGAAGAUACCAGGGAAAUUAAUUACUGGUUAAAAAAUGUCCUGCCUUUCGAGGAGAAGAGUGGUGUUAAGGACAUCGUGAUGCCAAAGUACAACUAUAAACCAGUUGACCUGGAUCGGCACCUCGACGCUCUGUAUACCAGGGGAGACCUGGGGAUCACACACGAGAGGACUAGGUUUCAGUUCCACCUGAUUCUCCUUAUGUUUGCCAACACCGGAGCUCGAAAAGGCGGGCUAUUAACAGAUGGGAUAAAGUACAAGGAUAUCCGACUUGUUCUCGAAAGAAGUGGCAAUGGUGGUCGACGGUUUAUUUUCGGCCAUUACCAACGAACAGUUAAGAACAAUAAGGAUCCGGAGAACAAUAAGUUUGGUGCUACUGGCCGAGAGCAUAAGAUUCUUCGUUACAAUGCUGUUUUUCUAUUGCUACUACUUGCUAUCGCAGACAAUGCUCUUGAUCGGGACGAUUUCGUUCAGAUUCUAAAAGGGAAUGGAGACGGGCCAAUAGAAUGGAAUGUUGCAGCCCUGGAGACUCCUAUCUGCAGAUCAGUCGAUCGACAGGGUACGGUCGAUGACACGAAACCCAUGAGCGAGUUUGUUUUUUUAGGCAUAUUCAAGAAGCUCUUCAUGGCAGAGUACGACUAUUCGCGUGCUUCUAUGCACAUGAUUAGGCGUGAAAUUGGCAAACAGCUUGAUGAGCGAUAUACUGAGGUAGAAAGAUCUCAACACCUCACCCAAGCCGACAAAGCUGUAUUUGGCCAAAGCUACGUUGCAUUUGUUUCUUCCUGCGAUGGAUUUGCCGCAUUCAUGCGCGAGAAGCCGGAUCAUGCAGCAGUUGAAUAUUUCCAGGGUGUCAGUCAGUUCUGGCAGCCUGGCCUUCCCACCAAGUUGCCCGCCGCUUUAAGAGACAAAAUAAACAAUCACCCCGACAUUUUGGAGCUGAAGAGAGAAAUAAAAGCAUCGGGAUCCAUCCGAUCGGGAAAAAAAACUACGAAAAACCAGUUGAAUGCUUUAAGAAAACGGCUUGAGAGAGGGGUUCUGGAGGAGCAUCGCUCUAAAUGCUUCAAAGAAAAGCGGCGAGAUAGGUUACUGCGUGGCAGCCAUCGCAGUGCGGAGGACGACGACGACGCGGACCCGCUUAAUGAUCUAAUACCCGAGAAGGGCCGUGUUGCACAAGCCAUGAUGCGCACAUUACCUGUUGAUCAUGCCAAACAGCCAGACAUCAUGCGAGAUGCUCUUUUACUACUCACAGGAUCUGGGAGCGUUUACUAUCGUCCCCAAGAGGUGCCCAAGAAUGAACUCUGCCCAUAUUGCGAGUUGGCAGUGAAGAGCCUUCCUCCUCGACAGCGAUCUCAGCAUAUUCACCGUUGUCGAAGAAAGUCAACAGCGGAGACUUUAGGCGUGAGCUGGACCGACCUGAAAUUUUGCUACUUCUGUAUGGCGUUCUAUACAAGGGAGGAUUGGCAAGAUGAUUGUCAGAACCACCUGUCACAUCUAAAGCACUGCUGCUCGAUUACGUACAGACAUACGCUACUGCGUCCAGCCUUUUGCCCACUCUGCAAGCAGACAAAAGACCUCCCAGCGAGCGACCGGCUACAGUAUUGGGAACGGGAUGCCGAUGCCAUUCGUCAUAUUGAGGAAAUCCACGGCUGGAUUUGGUUAUGCGCUGAAUGUAACUUUUCAUGCUAUGGGAGACAGCCGGGCCUCUAUCAUCUUCACGACGCACACGGCUACAGCAUCUCAAAUGCUAAAUUGAUUCAAGGAGAGAUCGCGGAGUCAGUACCAGAUUCGACGACACAGCUAGUAGCUGUUAAUUACAAUGCGCCAAAUGGAAGCAACAACUUUGAGUCUAUAUCGUUCCUGCCGUCGCCGGCGCCAGAUCUGCCCCUUGAAGCUCGGGAAGAAAACUUCUACAAAUUGCACACAAUGCUAGACCCUCAACUCUUGGCUGGGAGCGAUCCCUGCAGCGAUACCUGCGCCGAUCCUUCAACUGGAAUGUUUUACGAGUCAUCAACGAGCGAUACGGCCUCAUUUUGGGACGAUACUUGCGACAUGGAUCCAUUGGAUGAACUCAUGUCCCAAUACAUAACGUUCCCGGCGGAUGCCGCCGAGGGUGGUCCGCUGCCUAAUGAGAUUUCGAACACUGGUGACGUGAUCGAUUUGACUGGCGACGAUAAAUUAACCCCACAGACGACGGAACCGUUAUCUACCGAGCAGCACCGGCCGCGACAGCCUAACCCGGGAGACGACAACUCUGUUCCAGACCAUACGGCCUGCCCGGCUGCGUCUCAUCUAUGCCCAUCGCCAACUCUCCAAGGGGCCGAGGGGCGAGCCUCAGAUCAGACUCGCCGAGAUACAGAUACAUUGCGCUCGCUGCUGCCGGAGCGCAGAGAAAGCAACGUCGUUGCCGAAGCGAGCGAAAUGAACCCAGAACCAGAAAUCCGGACGAACUCGCAUAUAGACCACCAAAAAGGCAACAAUCAUCAGAGUGUCAAACAAGCGGUGCGAAUUCGACUGAAAACUUCUUCGCCCGCUAAAAAUGAUAACAAUCAGCACACCAGCCUGGCGACAUUGAUCACAGCACCUUCUCCGUCUUGUAAAUUGCACUCUACAGACUUAGAAGGGCAUAGUACAUCUCCCAAACGGAAGCUCAUAAGGCUACACCGUCAAAAGAGGCUAGAAGCGAGCGAGGAUGAUGAAAGCGUUCAAACCGAGCAGCCCGAUCGGAAACGACAGAAAAAUAAUAUCUACAAAGUCAAGCGUUAUCUGGCCGUAUGGGGCAAGAUUUUCCUUGAAUGGGACGAUGGCACAACCGGCUGGGAACCGAAGAGCAACAUUAUAGACAAAGAGGGGUUGGCUAAAUUCCAGGCGGAAUACCAAGGCAUUGACGAAGGUGUUGAUAUCCUCAAUGUCAGACAAUCCAGAGCCAGGGCGUAUCAAUUUCUUGUGCAUUGGCAUGGACGGCCAGAUAGCGAAGAUCGUUGGGUAGACGAGAAGUACAUGAAUCGAGAUCGAAUCGAGGAAAUGAAAGCAAAGGCUAGGGUCAGUUCCAGAGCGUCUGGGCAGAAACGUGUUCGAAGAAGCCAAUGA